AUGUCAAUGCCACCGCCAGUGUUGCUCCCCUCGGUGACGGGAUUUUCCCAACGGGUCAUCAAUGUCCUUCUCAUCAACCCCAAUGGAACCUCGUCUAUGACAGAUGCCUGCCUCCGAUCACUGGAAUCUACGCUGCCGCCUCACUGCACGGUGAGCGGCUUUACCUGUUCCCAUCCGGCACCGUCAGCUAUCGAGGGCCAUCUUGAUGGAGUGUUAUCUGCCGCUGCCGCAAUCCGCGCGGUAGCUCCCAUUGCCGCCAACUACGAUGCGUUCCUGGUUGCGUGUUUCAGCGCUCACCCGCUCAUCAACGCUCUCCGGGAGGAGGUUACUGGUCCUGUAAUCGGCAUCAUGGAAGCUGCGCUGUAUUCGGCUCGAAUUCUCGGCGGCCGUCUCGGUGUUGUUGCAACUGGCGGGAGGAGCAAGAUCAUGCACGAAGAUGCUAUCAGAUACUACGGUCUGGAUGCUUUUUCCGUGGGCUGCGAGACGUCGAACCUAGGCGUUCUCGAGUUGGAGAGGCUGCCUAGGGACAAAGUUCUCGACCUGGUCAGCGAAGCCGCAAGAAGAUUGGUCCAAGAGAAGGGCGCCGAUUGCCUCGCGUUGGGGUGUGCUGGCAUGACAGAGAUGAAGAUUAGAUGUGAGGAGGCAGUUGGUGCCAAAAACGCUGUCGCACAAGUGAUUGAUGGCGUUGGAGUUGGAGUUCAGAUCUUAAUUGGACUUGUGAGAGAAGGUCAUGUAACUGCUAAGGGCGGGAUCUUCAGAAGUGCUCCAGACGGACGAAAAGCACGAGGUCAAGAUUGGUUGUGA